AUGAAUAUAUAUAGUGUAACGCUCAACGGACCUGCUCCCUGGGGUUUUCGGCUUCAGGGAGGCAAGGACUUCAACAUGCCUCUGACUGUGUCCAGGCUGACUCCAGGCGGUAAGGCGGCCCAGGACGGAGUGGGUGUUGGGGAUUGGUUGGUGUCCAUCUCUGAUGCCAACGCAGAGGAGAUGACCCAUGUGGAGGCACAGAACAAGAUCAGAGCCGCAACCGACUCCCUCGCUCUCACUUUGAGCAGAGCUUUUAAUGCUGCCGGAGGAGAGCAGAAGGAUUCACUCACACCUGCAUCCAGUCAGCCCAAGUACUCAUUUGCACCGAGCACGACCAUAAACAAGAUGGCGCGGCCGUUCUCCGCAGCCCCUGGCAGUGCCAGCAAGGGGCCCGUCAUCAAGCCAGUGUCAUACGCCUCCAAGCUUAACUUCAACUCACCGCAGCCUCACAAUGGUCACGGAGUAACUACCUGUCCUGCCAAGUCCAAGCCAGCAGACAAACCUGAUGAAGUUCAAGCGCCUGCUAAAGCACCAACGAAUUCUGGUCCAGCCUGCCGGCCGCCAUGGGUAUCGGAUCCUGGUUUCGCAGACCGUUACCAUCCAGACAAGACCAGCACGGUGGUGACGCAGCACCAAAAGCCUGUCCAACCCACUCCCAUGCAGAACCGCAGCUCCAUCAUGCAGGCAGCACAGCAGAACCCCGCCGACUCCAGCGGCCGCACACCGCUCUGCGCCGCAUGCAACAAGAUCAUUAGAGGACGCUAUGUGGUGGCGCUUGGACGUUCCUGGCACCCAGAGGAGUUCACGUGUUGUCAAUGUAAAAGGGUGCUGGAUGAAGGGGGCUUCUUUGAGGAAAAAGGAUCCAUUUACUGCACCAAAUGCUAUGACAACCGUUGCUCACCCAACUGUGCCAAAUGCAUGAAGAAGAUAACUGGGGAAAUCAUGCAUGCCCUGAAGAUGACCUACCACGUACAGUGCUUCCUGUGUGCUGCCUGCAAAAUGCCCAUCAGGAACCAGGCCUUCUACAUGGAGGAGGGAGAGCCCUACUGCGAGAGAGACUAUGAAAAGAUGUUUGGUACCAAAUGCCAUGGCUGUGACUUCAAGAUUGAUGCAGGAGACCGUUUCCUUGAGGCGCUGGGCUACAGCUGGCAUGACACUUGCUUUGUCUGUGCCAUCUGUCAAAUCAAUCUGGAGGGGAAGACGUUCUUUUCAAAGAAGGACAAGCCACUAUGUAAAAGUCACGCUUUCUCUCCGGUGUGAGGCUCCAGCCGUUCGUCAAGGAGGGGCCAGAACGGAGACUGGGGGGGGGGGGUCUAUAGCUAUGCCAAACAAGACCAAGUACUUUACUUGAAGCCUGUAACAUAUGGCUGACUGACAGAGUGAUGGAUAUAGUAGCUCCGCUGGCUGUUAUAGCAGCUUCGAUCAGCAUUUACUAAGUAUGUGUCAUUCAGCAAAUCACGGACCUGAAUUUUUGGUAGCUUGCUAUAGUAAGCCGACAGACUGGCCUCAGUUUUGCUGUGUUACGAUGCCAGUCAUUCAACUGGAAGCAGCUUGUGAACUGUUACAACCACCGAUGCCAGAUGUCGGAAUGGAUAACAAGCUAUUUGGAUGAAGUAUUUUAGCUGUCCCUCCUCAUCCCACUCCACCUCCAAAAGUACACCUGCAGUAUUCGUCAAUCCAAAGAACAUAGUACGCUCUUAUACUGCUCACUUUAAUUUCACUUUUUAGAUAUUCGUCAGUUUGGCAUCUGAGUGAAUCUCACAGAACAUGUCGUGUUCACAUUACACCACAUUUUAUAUUGCAUAAAGAAUAUGGCUUAACCUUAUGUAAGAAUAUGAUUUUUUUUUGUGACUUUCCUUGACAGCUGAGCACAUUUUCCCUCCAAAUGCCAUUCUAAUUACUCUAAUGCAAAAAUAAAUAAAAAUUUGUAUUUAUACGUCA